CCUCUUCUUCAAACCCAACAUUCAUCAUCUCUAACAAUGGCGUCUUCUCCGAUCAUCUUCUCCGUUCUUGUCCUCUUCAUCUUCUCACCCUCAUCAUCUGCUCAACCAUCUUUCCGUCCCAAAGCUCUCCUUCUCCCAGUAGCAAAAGACCAAUCUACCCUCCAAUACACAAUCGUCAUCAACCAACGCACACCUCUCGUCCCCGCUUCCGUCGUCUUCGACCUCGGUGGUCGAGAACUCUGGGUGGAUUGCGACAAAGACUACGUCUCUUCCACUUACCAAUCUCCUCGUUGCAACUACGCCGAGUGCUCACGCGCCGGCUCCACCAGCUGCAGCACAUGUUUCUCUCCUCCCAGACCUGGCUAUACGGAACCGUUGGUAUGGCCGGAAUGGGUCGUCACAACAUCGGUUUACCGCCGCAAUUCGCCACCGCAAUUCACCGCCGCGUUUAGCUUCAGCCGGAAAUUUACCGUCUGUCUAACUUCCGGCAAAGGUCUCCAAACGACGCCGCUUCUCAUCAAUCCGGUGAGCACUGCUUCUGCGUUUUCCCAAGGAACCAAAAUCAGCUCCGUGAAUCCAUAUACGGUGUUGGAGUCAUCGAUCUACAAAGCUUUUACGUCGGAGUUCGUCAAACAAACAGCGGCGAGGAACAUCACGAGAGUAGCGUCGGAGAAAACCGUUCGGCGACGCGUGUUUCAGCACGAAGAACGUCGGCGUCACGCGCCUGGGAUACGCCGUGCCGGAGAUUCAGCUUCUGCUUCAGUAGCAACGACGUCGUUUGGAGGAUCUUUAGAGCUAACUCGAUGGUGUACAUUACAUGGAGCUCUCCUUCUCCCAGUAGCAAAAGACCAAUCUACCCUCCAGUACACAACCGUCAUCAACCAACACAUACCUCUCGUCCCCGCUUCCGUCGUCUUCGACCUCGGUGGUCGAGAACUCUGGGUGGACUGCGACAAAGACUACGUCUCUUCCACUUACCAAUCUCCUCGUUGCAACUACGCCGAGUGCUCACGCGCCGGCUCCACCAGCUGUGGCACAUGUUUCUCUCCUCCCAGACCUGGCUGUACGGAACCUGUUGGUAUGGCCGGAAUGGGUCGUCACAACAUCGGUUUACCGCCGCAAUUCGCCGCCGCGUUUAGCUUCAGCCAGAAAUUUGCCGUCUGUCUAAUUCCGGCAAAGUUCCAACGACUGAAGAUUAACGCAAGUAUCGGAUUCGGAGGAACCAAAAUCAGCUCCGUGAAUCCAUAUACGGUGUUGGAGUCAUCGAUCUACAAAGCUUUUACGUCGGAGUUCGUCAAACAAACAGCGGCGAGGAACAUCACGAGAGUAGCGUCGGAGAAACCGUUCGGCGACGCGUGUUUCAGCACGAAGAACGUCGGCGUCACGCGCCUGGGAUACGCCGCGCCGGAGAUUCAGCUUCUGCUUCGUAGCAACGACGUCGUUUGGAGGAUCUUUAGAGCUAACUCGAUGGUGAGUGUCAGUGAUGACGUCAUCUGUUUGGGUUUCGUUGAUGGAGUCAACCUCUGUGGUGUACACAUUGAUUGUACCGUUCUAGUUCUCUUCAUCUUCUCACCCUCAUCAUCUGCUCAACCAUCUUUCCGUCCCAAAGCUCUCCUUCUCCCAGUAGCAAAAGACCAAUCUACCCUCCAGUACACAACCGUCAUAAACCAACACAUACCUCUCGUCCCCGCUUCCGUCGUCUUCGACCUCGGUGGUCGAGAACUCUGGGUGGACUGCGACAAAGACUACGUCUCUUCCACUUACCAAUCUCCUCGUUGCAACUACGCCGAGUGCUCACGCGCCGGCUCCACCAGCUGUGGCACAUGUUUCUCUCCUCCCAGACCUGGCUGUAGACUUGCUAGCGGAACCGUUGGUAUGGCCGGAAUGGGUCGUCACAACAUCGGUUUACCGCCGCAAUUCGCCGCCGCAUUUAGCUUCAGCCAGAAAUUUGCCGUGAGAAAUCCUCAGAGUAUUUUGACGGCGAUUAAAAUCGUCGAGAAAAAGCAGUUCCAACGACUGAAGAUUAACGCAAGUAUCGGAUUCGGAGGAACCAAAAUCAGCUCCGUGAAUCCAUAUACGGUGUUGGAGUCAUCGAUCUACAAAGCUUUUACGUCGGAGUUCGUCAAACAAACAGCGGCGAGGAACAUCACGAGAGUAGCGUCGGAGAAACCGUUCGGCGACGCGUGUUUCAGCACGAAGAACGUCGGCGUCACGCGCCUGGGAUACGCCGCGCCGGAGAUUCAGCUUCUGCUUCGUAGCAACGACGUCGUUUGGAGGAUCUUUAGAGCUAACUCGAUGGUGAGUGUCAGUGAUGACGUCAUCUGUUUGGGUUUCGUUGAUGGAGUCAACCUCUGUGGUGUACACAUUGAUUGUACCGUUCUAGUUCUCUUCAUCUUCUCACCCUCAUCAUCUGCUCAACCAUCUUUCCGUCCCAAAGCUCUCCUUCUCCCAGUAGCAAAAGACCAAUCUACCCUCCAGUACACAACCGUCAUAAACCAACACAUACCUCUCGUCCCCGCUUCCGUCGUCUUCGACCUCGGUGGUCGAGAACUCUGGGUGGACUGCGACAAAGACUACGUCUCUUCCACUUACCAAUCUCCUCGUUGCAACUACGCCGAGUGCUCACGCGCCGGCUCCACCAGCUGUGGCACAUGUUUCUCUCCUCCCAGACCUGGCUGUAGACUUGCUAGCGGAACCGUUGGUAUGGCCGGAAUGGGUCGUCACAACAUCGGUUUACCGCCGCAAUUCGCCGCCGCGUUUAGCUUCAGCCAGAAAUUUGCCGUCUGUCUAAUUCCGGCAAAGGUCUCCAAACGAUGCCGCUUCUCAUCAAUCCGGUAAGCACUGCUUCUGCGUUUUCCCAAGGUGAGAAAUCCUCAGAGUAUUUUGACGGCGAUUAAAAUCGUCGAGAAAAA